UACCUGUGCUAUUUGUAAUUGGAAUGUCUAUAAGUUCAACAGUGUCCAGUUUGGUUAUCAAGUUGAUCGACAGUUCGAUUUAGAUUGCCGCUAUAACUCUUCUAAAUCUUGUUAAUAAUCAAAACAGAAUUAUAUUAAUUAAUUUAGCGUAUUAGCUGUAUUUUCUCGCAUACUAAUACAUCACGAUUGAGUGGAGACCGAAACUGGAGGACAAAAUUCAGGACCAGCAUGGAUAUCAAGGCGUUGGUGACGCUGUUGGUUCUGAUGCUGCUGCUGCAGUCCGGUCCAGGGCGACCUCAGGUCUUGCCUGGCGACAUGGCUCGGCAUCACCUCGCUGACUUGGGCAUCGACAACAAGGCUCUUUUUACCCUCGGAGCCCUGGCAGUUCUAGGAGGCGCGUCAUUCUACCUCGGCCGCCAUGUUGGCAUGAACAAGGCUGCACCGAACAGUUAUUACAACUAUGGCACCUAUGGGUACCCGACCAGUCUGUACGGUCAGCAUGGCUAUCAGAACACGCACGCCCAGUACGGCUACUACCAGCCGUACAAAGCGGGCUUCACUGCAGGAGUUUACGCCGCGCCCCUAGCAUAUGGCGGUCGCAGGAAGCGUCGAGCUUCCACAGACAAGGAAACCAAAGAAAAUUCGUUGAACACCAAAGAAUUUGCUGCACCCCAAUCGGUCAGUAGCUCAUGUCGGGAAAAAGACACAAUCAACCAGGGAAAAAAAUUAAAGAAUACACAUAAAACAGAGGAUAGUAACUCAAAAAUGAUUGAAGUUCUAGAAAAUGAAGUGAACGAGUCACCAGAGAAGAGCAAUCCCACGAAGUCUAGAGGUCCUAGAAUCAAGAGAGAGUCGUCGAAAGCUGCCAUCGUAGUGACGUCACAGCCCAUCAAUGUGGCAGACGAUCCACAUGAGGCGAACAAAAUAAUCCAUUUAUCUUCUGGACUUCCAAGCCGUCAAAAGAAACCCUUGUUAAAAGUUUGGCCAGAACCAAGAAGUCCUACACCUGAAAGUGAGAGUUUGUACUCACGUUUAAAGCACGCGCGAGUUUCAGCGGCCGUGGAAAAAGCGUCGGUUCCCGAAUCGCGUCAAGAAGAUUCACCGAAAUUUAAAACAAGAUUUCCUGAAGGUCGCCAGCAGGUGCUGUGUGAAGAUGGCUCCCGGGCGCGAAAUUUCGAACAUUUUGAGCUGCUGAUGCUGGAGAGCGCCUUGGCUGAGGACGAUCAAGGAUGUGGACUAAGUCUUGUGUGUGAAAUUGGACGCGUGCCUCUACCUCUUCUGCCGCCUAAAGCUCUGGGACUGCGUCGACUACUUACGUAA